UACACCACGUUUGCCAAUGGUUGAACAUAACAGUCUUCCUAAACAAAGUAUUGUUCCUGAAAAUGAUCCUGCCAAUUGGAUAAAAAAUCAAGAAACGAUAGAUUAUUUAUCAAUCAAUGGAUUUAACCAAAAUUUAGAGAACAAUAAUUUCCAAAAGUCAAAAAGAAUUUACACUCAAAUAAUUGGUGGGGUAAGACGUACUCGUUUUCGAUAUAUGUCAAAAAGUAUAUUUAUAUCUACUCUUGUUAAUGGUGAAAAAAUUAACCGAACAUUUUUGAUUUACUCAGAAAGUAAAGGAUCAAUAUUUUGUGCUCCCUGCUAUUUAUUUGGUGGCACUACAUCGUUUGCCACAGUUGGUUUUUCAGAUUGGAAAUAA